AACCAAAUCGCCGCCCACUCCCAGAAAUCAUCACGAUAGGCAAAUAUGGCGGCGUUGGUUUAGAUGGAAGAGGCGCUGGAUCUUUACAAAUUAAUUUCGCACAGUUGGUGAUGUUCGCAUUUUCGCUGGAGAAAGAAAGAAGUUGACAGUCAACAUGUCGGGGUCAAAGCUGAAGGAGGAAGGCCUUGAUUUGAAGUCUGAAGUCACAAACAACACUCAGGAUCUACCCAUAAACCAAGCUUCUUCACUCAAAACCAACAUGCUACUUUCAGUUCAGUAUGAAAAAGUUCAUAUACCAAGAACUAUCAACUACCCUGAGAUGGACAAACUACUGAAAGACAAACAUGUGAAAUGUUCCAUAUCAGGUCAAAUGUCUGACAAGCCCCUGCUAGGUAAAUCUGAAAAUGUGCAAGGUUGUGCUAUUGGCAAUGGUAUACUUGCAAUGCAGGAUGGGAUUAAGUCCAGUAUAGAUGAGGGACGUGAUCAAAACUCUAGAACCAUGUAUCCUGGACUUGAGAUAUCGACACAUGGCUUUGACAACAGAGGGCUGUGGAGCAUUGAAUCCUCAAGUUGUUUAGAUGAUGUGCCAAAUAGUGUGGGGAAGAUGACAUCAGUUACUUCACCCACCCACGGUAGACGGCAAAAACGCAAAAUGGAAAUGGUUGCCAUGUCUGAUCCCUCAGAAGACCUUUACACAGUCGCCAGUCUUGAUUCCCAGCUGAGUGAUGAAAUGUUUAAAGGUGAGCAAACCAAUGGAUCAUCACAACUCAAAAUCCCUAAUGUAAGAUUGUUGGAUACAUUUGGCUGUGUGUCCAGGCCUGAAACUAAGCAAGUAAAGAGGAGUUCUGCAAUAUCCCAAAAUGCUGUAAAUGAGUGGGAACAGAAAAACAAGGACAUGGUACUGAGACCAGAAACAUCUGACCAAAGUAAUGAAAAUAAAAAGAUGCAUGAUUUUGAUUCUGAGCAUUCCAGCAGCUCUUUGGAUAAUUAUGAUGAUGCCAAUGAUUUUAACUGGGAUCCUCAAAAAGAAUUCAUUAAAUUCUUGUGGGAUAAUCUUGAUGAUCAAGACCAAAAGAAUGCAGAAGUCUCUGCCCACAUUGUGAGGAAACAGAGGGCAUCUAUUGAUACAGGGACAGAUUACACAAAUGAUCUUUGUAUGAACUUUAUUCAAAAGACUGGCCAGCAUGACCAUAGAGAUCCAAUUUACAUCAUGCCUCAGGAGAAAGAUUUGGGAACCACACAGGUAGUUAGAUGUAGAAAAUAUUACAAAGAACGUGUCAAAUGUGUUAACACGUGUAUUAAUGGCAAACGGGAGGGGACAGAACACACCAGCACAGGGUGUGAGCUUUCAGUUUUAAAAGAAGAGCUAUUAGAAUCUGGAUCUAAUGUUAAGCCUUUGUUUUCCCCCUGCACAAACUGUGACAUCACAUGUAAAGAUAGAACCCUAUUACACAGGCACAUAAGGCAGCAUGGAGAACCAGUCAACCAAGCUCAGACACUGUCUUUAAUUUGCAGAGAGUGUGGAUGGUCUUGUCAUAGGUCUGCUUCCCUCCUACAGCAUAGGUCUAUCCACAAAGAGAAACAACAUAGAUUAAUUGAGGAACUGAAGGAAAUUGUUUCCCCCAAAGUUUUGAAUGCUGAAAACAAUACUACCACUUUGACAGAUCCUAGAAACCCAGGCAAUGUAUCAAAAUAUUGGUCUUUUGGAAAUUCAGAAAUCAUUGAAAGUAAUAACCAACUUCCAUCACCUGGGCAGCACUGUCUUAGUACAUCGUCUUCAUUAUUUCAAGAAUUGGAAAACAGUCCCAGCAAAGGAAAAGGUAGUUCUUCAAACUUAGAGAGAAUGCCAGACUUGAUUGGAACAGAAAAAGCUUUACAGAAUCAUAACAAAGGCCUCAAACCAAGACUUCAUACAUCAGUGAAUAUGCUAGUCUCUCAGAACACAAAUGAACAAGCAAGCCAUGACUAUAGAUCAGAUGCUCAAGAAAGAAGAACUGAUAGUUCUGCAUUUUUUUCUGAUUGUAAUGACCACUGUAAUAAAAUCCUCAACAGUAACAAAUGUGAAAACUAUGAACAGCAAAAUGAAGAUGGUUCUUGCCAUACUUCUGAUGAAGCUUUCCUGCCACAGCUAAUGGGCAUUAUGGAUAGUACCUCUCAAUGGCAAGCAGACAUUAAGGAUGACCCGAACAUCAGCGGAAAACUUUUAAAUAUUAAAAAGCCAGAAACAAAUAGCUCUCUGUCAAAAAAUAUUACCACUCAACUGCAUGAUAUGGAAGUUCAUGAUGGAUCUUUACACUUACCUGUCUGCCAGAACAGUCUACAAAAAGAAGAACUGAACAAUCUAUCUGUCAAGGAUUCACAAAAUCCUGUUGCUGAAAAUUUGAAGAUAAAUGGUGAUGUUGGUCAGGUUAGACGUAAGGAGGUCUCUUCAAUGUCAGAACCUCAGUCUGAUUCUGAUUUUAGGAAAAAGCCUUGUCCAGCAAUGUUUGAAACAGGAGUCCGUUUUUCUGAUCAUAUAAGAGGACAUCUACAAAGGAUUGGAAUGACUACCCAUGAACAGCAUGUAAUUCCAUCUCAGGAAAUUACAUUUCUGGAUAUGCAGAACACCCGAGGAAUGAUUACUUCAGUUCCUGCAGGAAGUAAAAAAACUUCAGAACAGAUGGACGAAGUGCAUACAGAAUCACCGGCUGAAGUAACCUGCCCAUUAUGUGGGGUAAGGUUUGAUACAAAGAAGGGACUAUCCAAUCAUGUGCGAGGCCAUCUUAAGAGACUGGGAAAAGCAUACUCUACAGCUACUUUUCGAUCUCCACUUGACAUUUUAAAGCAGUUGAUGAGCAAUAGAAAAGAGUUUCAGAAAACUCUCCAGGCUUUCCAUAAGCGACAAAUUACUUCUAAAACUUAUAGCAGGAAAGAUCCAUUUUUCUUAUCCAUUGAAUCAUUUACAGAAAAUGAUCAGAAUUGUUGUGAAGUGCUAGCCGAAGGAGCCAAAAAUAAACAGUUUGAGGUUACAGAUUCAGAAAAAUCCCCCCCCUCAAGUGAUUUGAUAGGAAUGCUGAAAAAGCGGAAGGCACAUCAAGUGAAGAAUCUCAAUCAUACAACAAGGAAAGCUCUCAGUUUACCACUGCAACAGACUGACUCCCUCUCAGAAAAAAGUCAUUUAAACGGGAAGGUGUGUGAACAUUGUAAUGCAGCAUUUCAUAGUGGUAUCAGUCUGUCCAAUCACCUUCGGGCAUAUGAAAAACGAAAGAGAGCUGCGCUGCGCUAUGGCACAACAUAUGACUGCAAACAAAGGAAGCAGAGGUCUGGAUCCAAGAAAAAAAUAUUUCCUCUACCCUACACUACCGAGAAAAUUUAUCGACUCACAUGCAGAUUCUGUGAUUUGGUGUUCCAAGGCCCUUUAUCUGUUCAAGAGGACUGGAUCAAGCAUUUACAGAGACACAUCAUUAAUACCAGUGUUCCACAUACUGGAGUAUGCAUGGUUGAGGUGACAUCCUUGCCCAUGGGCCCUGUCAGUGAAAGGAGGACAGAAGCCUCCUUAUUUUUGACUGAAGUAUUAACUUGAAGAUAAGAUCAAUAAAAAUAUUUGUAUCGCGCAUAUUUCAAAAGGCACAUACUGUUUUGAUGUUGCAGCAGUGUUAUUUUCAUUGGUAAUACUUUACUUUAGGGAACAUACUGUAUAUUGGCCAUUAAUACAUAACUAGUAUGUCUGUAUGGGUGACUUAUAAACAUAUGGGUUUGCAUUAAACAUUGUUAAUGAUUUUCAUAAAACUUUAUAGCCAAGAAUAGAUUACUUAUUCAAUGAAAAUAGGCAAAUGAAUUAAAUUGGUGAUUCUUAAGAAACUUUAGUGGUUUACUGUUACACCAGUAACCGAUACCUCCAUAUCCUCUUAUCUAACUGGGGUAAAAAUGUUAAUAUUGUUAAUUGAUCAAUACAGUAUUAUCUUUUUAUUACAGUUGGCAUUGAAAUUUAAUUUGUCAUGAGGUUUAUUUUUAUGGACUGAUAAAUCUUAAAUAUUAUAUUCCCAUAUUUGUGUUGGACUUUCUACCAAACCAAAGGCUUCUAAGGUUGGUGCCAGAGUGGUGGAUACGUUUUAUACAUUUUGUAUCAUUUUCAAAAUUGUAUAUGUUGUUUAUGUUCUUUUUUCGGCUAAAUAUGGGUUUACAGAUUAUCACAUUCUGUUUUUAUUUGCAUUUUACACUUUGUCUGAAACUGUCAUCGUAAUUGUAAAUGUGUGUUUUUUUAUCAUUAGAAUUGUAUCAUACCUUCAUCAUUUUCCUUCUUAGAGUAACAUGAUGUUAUUUAACCCCUCA